CACAACGCGGCAUUUGAAUUUAGAGUUCCACGUUCUUUUUUCGAAUUUAAAUGUCAAGUGUUAUAGCGUAAUAAAUUAUUUUUCGCAAAUUUUCGCGUGUGGCAACAUUGGAAUUUUAGAUAAUGUAUACGUGUUUUCAGUCAACGGUGAAUUGAGUCAUGGAUUGUCGCAUGCCAGUGAAAAAUUGUGAUUUUAGUUAAAAGUAAAUAAAAAAAUAUAUUAUAACUUUAUUUUUACUGUGUUGUGUGAGUUUGAUAAUACUGGAAUAUUAGAAUAUAGACGAGAAAUGGCGCGACUAAGCAUCCUCUUACUCAUCACCUGCCAAUUAAUCACCAUACCAUCGAUCAGAACGGAUGAUGAUAAUCCCUUCUUGGACCUCGCGUCUUCCUUCCUACAAAACAUGGGGGAUGGUGGUGGCAAUAACAUCAACGGUUUGGCUGCCAUUGGCAAUUUAGUUGGCAAUCUGAUGCAGGGAGAUAAUGCCAAGAAUUUGGGUGCCAUGUUUGGUCAAACUGGCAAUGGCAACGCAGGGGAUAUGUUGUCAGGUCUUGGCAGUCUACUAGGAGGUCAGGAUGGCAAAAUAGAUCCUGCAAUCGUAGGUUCUAUGAUAUCCAUGUUUGCCCAACAAAUGGGCACUACAGAAUCUCCAAAACCAGCUCGACAAAAGCGAGCAAGUUCUGAAGGAGAACUCAACCUUGAGAGCAUGAUGAGCCUGGCCUCAGGACUCCUAGGAAACAAAAACGCCGGAGGAGUUAUGCCCUUAAUCAUGAACGCUUUAAGUUCACUAUCGGAUAACGAAGCCCAGAAACGGGCAGAUGACCACAAGGACCAUGCUUCAUUCCUCCCCCCAUUUUUGGAGAAAGCCCACUUAUACUGGGACAUUUUUAUUAACUCUGAGCUCGGUAAAACUAUUUGGGAGAAAUCAGGAUUGAAGAGAGGUCUCAAAGCCUUCACUGGACCCGAUGGCAAGAUUAGUUUCCAACAGAUGUUCAAGAACUUUGAGAACCAUUCGUUUAGAAGGCACUGGAUUAAGGCAGCAGCGAAGUAUUUGACUGAUAUGGUUGUCCACAUUGCUAAACCGGAGGUUUAUUCCAGAUACCUAAUCUCCGCCCAGUACAUCACGAACAGCUUCCUGGACUCCCAGGGUCUGCCGAAAAGCACCCACUUUGACGUGAAGAAGCCGGAGAAGUCUCUCACCACACUCCUGAACUAUGUCCUGAAACAUUACCUGGAUAUGGACACGGAUGUCGGUGAAUAUGUUGUGCCGGCUGUUGAGUAUGUUAAGCAAACCCUAAAAAUGGCAGAAACCACAACUAAAACGAUGUCCUCCCGCGGUGACUACCACGCGUUAGCUGACCGCCUAACUGACACCUUGAACUUGGAGGUCAUUGAGCCAGUGCUGAGGGUGUACCGCGCUUACCAGCACUCUGUGAAGGCUCCUCACUGCCAGGAACAUCUCAUGUGCCUUGUUAAUAGACAUCAUGAUCAAGAUAAGAAGGGUCUGCCAGGCUUCAAGGCUGGUCUGACGAAGCUGAGCAGUUUAGCAGCAUCGGCAGCCCUCAGCUUCCAGAACGGCAAAGGUUUCUUCGACUUGUACAACGCUAUUCAGAACGAUGUCAAUUGUGAAGCGGCAUACCCAGCAGAUUGUUCAGCCUUCCACGAACACGAAUUGAAAGUAACCACAGAAGUAUACCACAGUGAAUUAUAAGCCUUAGAAAAUCUUUUAAUUUCCAAUUAAUUAUCUUCUGUACAAUCAUUUAUAAUUAGCUUAAUAUUGGAAAAGAAAAAGAGCAUUAAUUAAAUGGUACUUUUCUACUAUAUGCGAGACUUAAAAGAAAUUAAUUUACUUAAAGUAUUUUUACUAGCCUUUAAUGUUUAAAGUACAGUCGCGAGAAAAAAAAAAUAUAUGCACUAUAAUAAUUUAUAUCGUAUUUCGUAUUUUUUCAUCGUAUUUUAGGAUAGUCAUUCACCUUCACCUUAUCUUAGAGAUUAGCACCACUUUUUUGUCAUAAAUUUUAAUAGCACUCAUUCAUUCAUCUCAUUCACAAAAGAAACUUAUCAUUCAUUAAAUCCACUUUUUAAUGUUACACAUUUCUUUUUCGCACUCUAAAACAUUCACACAUUUUUCUUCAUUAUUAUUGUAGAAUAUACGUAACUUAAUUAUUUUAUUAAUAAUUAAUAUCGUGAUACACUGCUUUCAUAAUGUACAAUAUUUUAAUUUUUCACUAUUAUUUAAGAUUUUUAUGAAAUGAUUUUAAUUAUGUUUUCAGAAUGUAAUAUGAUUAUAAUUUAUUUCAAUUUAGAUUUAAAAUGCACAGAAUAAUGGUGUGGUUUAUUAGAAUAUCUAUCGGUGAAGCGAAAAUCAAAUAAGUAUUCCAUUUUACGAUGAAAUUUUAAAAUAAAAAAUCUCGAAAAUGAUCCAGUUUUAAUAUUUUAAUUAAAAUCAUUUAAAAUGGAAUAUUUUAACAAUGUACUUAUAUAAACUAAAGAUAAUAUUGAUAGUUACUAUUAAAAAUUGAAAUUAAGUAAAAUAAUUUUAGUUUUUUGCUGGACAUUUUGGUGCUAAAAACUUUUAUUGCAUUUAUUAUCCUCUGUUUAACCAAUAAAAAAGGUUAACAGAAGAUUCUGAAUAGCUUUAUAAUUAUUAAAAAUCUCGAAUUAUUAUUUUGUAUCGUUAACUUCAUAAAAUAAAUGAAUUAUCGUUUGUAUUUUUAAAUAUAUGUUUCUAAAUAUUGUUUUUUUACUUUAAGAUUAUUCAUGUCUUCCGAAGAAUUUCAGUAUAAAUGUAAAUACAUUCCACAUGUAAGAUAUAAAAAUAAAACAUUAGACUGAAAA